AUGAUAUCAAUGAUGCUACCUGGAACGGUGGGAGUGUAUUAUGGACAAGAGAUUAAUAUGAUUAAUGGUUUAGUCACCAAGCAGCAAAUGAAGGAUUUCUCGGGUGAAGGUACCAGAGAUCCUUGCAGACUUUUGAUGCAGUGGGAUGAUUCCAGAAAUGCUGGAUUUUCAACCAACAUUACGACGUAUCUACCAGUAAAUUCUGAUUACUUUCAAAAUAAUGUUGAAAUGCAAAAAUUACAGCCAGUCAGUCAUUAUAACUUGUUUAAGGAUUUAUCAACGUUAAGGCGAACGAACACUUUUAGAUAUGGAAAAUUUAAAAAUGAAGGUUAUUCUAGUACAAAUAUCUAUAGUUUAACCAGAUCACAUGAAGGUCACGUGCUCACAGUAGUAGCCAAUCUCUUUCGUACCUCGUCUCGAGUAAAUUUAACUGAAAUAUUGCAGAAUCACCCCGAUAAGAUUACCAUAGCUGCAGCUUCUGUAAACUCGGGAUACAAGAAAGGAUUUAAUAUAGAACACGAUUCGCGGGAUGAAUUUUACAUGAGACCAUUAGCAAGUGUGGUUUUGGAAACCUAUCAACCUCAUACUGCAAAUGAAGAUAGCACCAGCAGCCCUGACUUUUAG